UCUAUAUACGCAACGCGUCUGAAAGCUUGCGAAAUCUCUCUCUUUCCGUGUCGCUCUCGCUUUUGAUUCCGCCGCUCGACGACGCUGUUUCGACGAACCUAGGGAUCGGAUAAACCUCGUCGGUCCGGAUAGAUCCGAAUAGCCUGAUCCGAUCCAGCUUGAUCUCUGUCAAACUAUAGAAGGCUGUUGAGAUGGCAUCAUCAACAGCUUCCACAGGAUGGUACAGAGGGAGAGUGAAGGCUGUGCCUUCAGGGGACUCCUUGGUCGUCAUGGCCCUCACAGCCAACAAGGCCGGACCCCCACCGGAAAGAACCAUCACUCUGUCAUCGCUUAUGGCUCCAAAACUGGCUCGUAGAGAUGGCCAGGAUGAGCCAUUUGCAUGGGGCAGCAGGGAGUUUCUGAGGAAACUCUGCAUAGGAAAGGAGGUGGCUUUCAGAGUGGACUAUGUUGUACAACAGAUAGGGCGGGAAUUCGGCUCAGUUUUCCUUGGUGACAAGAAUCUUGCGAUGCUGGUUGUUGCUGAAGGCUGGGCAAAGGUCAAGGAGGGUAAGCAAGGUCCACAGAAAGCAGAAGCGAGUCCUUACAUUGCAGAGCUGCUACGUCUCCAAGAGCAAGCUAGGACCGAGGGCCUUGGUCUUCAUAGCAAGGUUCCUGGUGCUGGUGAAGCAUCCAAAAGGAAUCUACCUCCCUCUGCUAUCGGGAAUGCUGGCAACUUAGAUGCCGUGAGUCUGUUGGCUGAAAAUAAGGGCAGGCCAAUGGAAUGUAUUGUUGAGCAGGUUCGGGAUGGAAGCACAGUUAGGGCCUACUUGCUUCCGGAUUUUCAGUUUGUCCAAGUAUUCGUUGCAGGAAUUCAGGCCCCAUCGGUGGGAAGGAGACCUAUAACAUCAGACAUAGUUGCUGAACCAGAAACAACAUCCAAUAAAACAAAUGGGGAUGUUUCUUCUGAACCUCGAGCCCCUCUAACUUCUGCUCAAAGGAUUCUAGCUUCAACAGCAUCGUCUGUUGAAGUUGCCGCAGAUCCAUUUGCAUUGGAAGCUAAACAUUUUACAGAAAUUCGUGUGUUGCAUAGAGAUGUCCGCAUCGUUCUGGAAGGCAAUGACAAGUUCAGUAAUUUGAUUGGGUCAGUAUAUUACCCUGAUGGGGACUCGGCGAAAGACUUGGCCCUGGAGCUUGUUGAAAAUGGUUAUGCAAAAUACGUUGAAUGGAGUGCAAGCACGCUGGAAGACGAUGUGAAGCGGCGGCUGAAGACUGCAGAGCUUCAAGCAAAGAAAAACAAGUUGAGGAUUUGGACAAACUACACAGCCCCACCUACAAAUUCAAAAGCAAUUCAUAACCAGAAUUUCACAGGAAAGGUUGUGGAGGUUGUAAGUGGGGACUGUGUGAUUGUCGCUGAUGAUUCUGUUCCAUUUGGCAGUCCACUGGCGGAGAGGCGAGUUAAUCUUUCAAGUAUUAGGUGUCCGAAAAUGGGCAAUCCUCGUAGAGAAGAAAAGCCAGCUCCAUAUGCUCGUGAAGCCAAAGAGUUCCUGAGAACACGCCUCAUUGGACGUCAAGUAAAUGUUCAAAUGGAGUAUUCAAGGAAGGUCAGCCCCGGAGAGGGAGCUGCAGCUACUUCUGGACCUGCCGAUUCCAGGGUAAUGGAUUUUGGAACAGUUUUGCUUGCAUCUCCUACCAAGGCUGAGGGUGAUGACACCCCAGCACCUGCUUCUUCUGCGACUGCCAGCCAGCAGGCUGGUGUGAAUGUUGCUGAGAUGGUGGUUUCACGUGGCUUUGGCACUGUUAUUAAACAUCGAGAUUUUGAGGAGAGAUCAAACUAUUAUGAUGCCCUCAUGUCAGCAGAAGCACGUGCUACUGCUGGAAAGAAAGGAUUACAUUCUGCCAAGGAAUCUCCAGUCAUGCACAUUACAGACUUGACAGUGGCAUCAGCAAAGAAAGCCAGGGACUUCUUUCCAUUCUUACAGAAAAGGAGGAAAAUUCCUGCCGUUGUGGAAUAUGUCCUCAGUGGGCAUCGUUUUAAAUUACUGAUUCCCAAGGAAACAUGCAGCAUUGCCUUCGCAUUCUCUGGUGUCAGAUGUCCUGGGCGUGAGGAGCCAUAUUCAGAAGAAGCAAUUGCGCUCAUGAGACGAAGAAUUAUGCAGAGAGAUGUUGAGAUUGAAGUCGAGACUGUUGAUAGAACUGGGACCUUCUUGGGAUCUUUAUGGGAGUCAAAGACCAAUGUGGCGGUUGCCCUCGUUGAAGCUGGCCUUGCAAAAUAUCAGAAUUCCUUUGGCGGUGAAAUCCCUGAUGGGCACCUUCUUGAAAAAGCUGAGGAAUCUGCAAAAAGGCAGAAACUGAAAAUUUGGGAGAACUACGUUGAAGGAGAGGAGGUUCCCAAUGGUUCAGCUGUCGACAACACCAAACAGAAAGAAGUGCUAAAGGUAGCGGUGACAGAGGUUUUGGGAAGUGGUAAAUUUUAUGUUCAGACAAUUGGGGAUCAGAAAAUUGCCUCCAUUCAGCAACAGCUUGCAUCUUUGAACCUUCAAGAAGCUCCCGUAAUUGGGGCUUAUAAUCCUAAGAAGGGUGACAUUGUCCUUGCUCAGUUUAGUGCAGAUAAUUCUUGGAACAGAGCAAUGAUUGUCAAUGCACCUCGAGGAGCUGUGGAAUCCCCUAAAGACAAGUUUGAAGUGUUCUAUAUAGAUUAUGGUAAUCAAGAAUUUGUCCCUUACAGCCAGAUACGGCCUCUUGACCCAUCAGUUUCCUCUGCACCUGGUCUUGCUCAAUUAUGCAGCCUUGCAUACGUUAAAGUCCCGGCCUUGGAGGAGGACUUUGGUCAAGAAGCAGCAGAGUAUCUAAGUGAGCACACAUUAAACAGUGCCAAUGAAUUUCGGGCCAUGAUUGAGGAAAGGGAUCUUUCAGGGGGAAAAGUUAAGGGCCAGGGAACUGGACCAGUGCUUGUUGUGACUCUUGUUGCUGUGGAUGCUGAGAUCAGCGUGAACACCGCCAUGCUUCAGGAAGGACUUGCAAGGCUAGAGAAAAUGAAGAAACGUGAAACCAAGGAGAGGAAGACGGCAAUUGAGAACUUGGAAAAGUUCCAGGAAGAAGCGAGGACCGAUAGGCGGGGCAUGUGGCGCUACGGAGACAUCCAGUCCGACGAUGAGGACGCUCCUUCCGUUAGGAAAGCCACAGCUGCUGGCAAGCGAUGAAUAUACAGUAAUACUGACGGAAGCUAAGUUACAAAAACAAGUAUGGCGGAAGAUGAGUUUAAGUUAUAGGCAUAUAUCAUAUGCUGUUUAGAGAAAGAAGAAAAAAGGAACCUUGUGUUGCAGUUAAGUUUUGUUUUCGGUCUUCGGAUUGUCUGUUUUUUUCAGAUGAGAGCGAACAUUUUUUUUUUUUUAACAAAAUUCGAAUAAGGUAAACGUUUAAUUAGACAAUUUUGUCUGUCGAUCAGAAAGCUUAACAUUUAAUUAGUGUUUUUCAUUUAUUUAUA